AUGGAAGAGCAAGUCGAGAGACUAGUUCAGAAAACAUGGGACAAAUUCCAAGAUGCUCCAGCGUCGAAAAGAUUGAUGAUUGCCGUGAGCGGCAUACCCGGGUCAGGCAAGACGACACUCGCUGCCAAAGUCGCCUCAAAACUGAAUGAAAAGUACUGCGCAACUCACCCUGGCCUACAAUCGUACACCAGCAUCGCAACAUUCCUGCCCAUGGACGGUUACCACCUCACGCGGGCCCAACUGUCCGCCAUGCCGGACCCUCACACAGCACACGCCCGACGAGGCGCCGCCUUCACCUUCGACGCACCAGCCUUCCUGGAGCUCGUGAAGAAGCUCCGCCAGCCAAUUUGUCCAGAAACGUGCACCAUCUACGCCCCCAGCUUCGACCACGCUGUCAAAGAUCCUGUCGCGGAAGACAUACCCAUCGCGCGAACAGCCCGCAUCAUCAUGAUGGAAGGGAACUAUCUCUCCCUAGGCAGCGGCGCACCGGAAUGGAAGGAGGCUGCUGAGAUGAUGGACGAGCUGUGGUUUGUUGAAGUAGAUGAAGACGUCGCGAGGCAGCGAUUAAUGAAAAGGCAUGUGGAGAGUGGUAUUGCUGCUAACGAGGACGAGGGAAAGAAAAGGGCGGAUGAGAAUGAUUUGGUGAAUGGAAAGGAGAUUAUGGAGGGGAGGUUGGAGGUUCAUGAGGUGAUUCAGAGUCGGGAGGAUAGUGGGUGGAAGCCGGAGGAGCAGGGCAUUGAUCGGGAGAGAGAUGGGGGGACGCCGCGGGUGUAG